UCAUUUUUUCAAGUUUCAAAACAUCCUUCGGAUUCUAAUCUUUAAUUAAGAUCAAAAGUUUUUGUGUUGUUCUUGUAAAUUUCAUCAUUCUAUAAUGGGUGAUCUCAAAAACAUCGAAGUCCCUCCAUUUUUCAUUUGUCCGAUUUCAUUAGAAAUCAUGAAAGACCCUGUCACACUUGCUACCGGGAUCACAUAUGAUCGCGGUAGCAUUGAGACAUGGCUAUAUGUCAAGAAAAACAACACUUGUCCGGUAACAAAACAAGUCCUUGAAGAUAUAGAUCAUCAACUAAUUACUCCAAACCACACGGUUCGACGAUUGAUCCAAGCUUGGUGCACACUUAACCCAUUGUCUGGUGUCGAAAGACUCCCAACGCCUCGACUACCUAUCUCCAAACCUCAAAUACUUAAACUUCUUAAAGAUUUAAAGUAUCCAAAUUUGCAAAUGAAGUCUUUGAAGAGAUUAAAAGUGAUUGUCAUGGAGAAUGAAACGAAUAAAAGGUCAAUGGAAGCAGUUGGAGCGGUUGAUUACUUAACUCAUAUCUUGGAUGAUUAUAACAACAACAACAACAACAUGAUCACUUCAUUAUCUUCUUCACCGGCCGGAGAAUAUUCCGACGUGGAAGCAUUAAUGGAGUUUGUUACACCGGUUGAUGAAGCAAUAAGCAUUCUUUACCAUAUGCAUCUUUCACAAAGUGGUCUUCAAGGUUUGUUUGCUAAAACAACUAGUGGUUUUAUUGAUACCCUAACGCGUGUAAUGCAACGCGCCACAAGCUAUGAAACACGUACGUAUGUUGUCAUGUUGUUAAAGUCCAUGUUUGAUGCGGCCGAGAAUUCCAACAUGACAACCUCGUUGAAACACGAGUUUUUCGUAGAGUUGGUCAGGGUUAUGACGGAUCAAAUCUCGCAAAAGGCUACAAAAACAACGUUAAAGUUACUUAUCAACGUUUGUUUAUCAGGCCGGAACAGAAUAAGAGCAGCUGAAGCAGCCGUUGUUCCGGCCUUAAUUGACAUUUUGCUAGAUUCUACGGAUAGAAGGCUAUCCGAGAUGGCUUUAUUGUCACUAGAUCAGCUUUGUCAAUGUGCUGAAGGGAGAUCCGAGUUGCUAAAACAUGGUGCGGGAUUAGCUAUUGUUUCCAAAAAGAUUUUUAGGGUUUCGACUGUGGCAAGUGAUAGGGCGGUGAGGAUAGUACAUUCCGUGGCAAAGUUUUCCGGUAACGCAAAUGUGGUGGCGGAGAUGUUGCAAAUAGGAGUGGUGGGGAAGUUGUGCCUGGUUUUGCAAGUGGAUUGUGGGACUAAAAUGAAGGAGAAAGCUAUUGAGAUAUUGAAGAUGCAUGCUAGGGUUUGGAGUAAUUCACCUUGUAUACCACAUAACUUAAUUUCUUCCUAUCCAUCAUGAUCGAAUACAUUCUUUGUUGAAAUUGUUUAAUUAGUCAUAGGUUAAGUGUUAGAUCAUUUUGACGAUAUUAAUUAAAUUUAGGCUUGUUAGACUGAUUAUGUAAAGAAAUUUAAUUGUAGUGCACGGUGUGAUUUUUAGUCCGUUUAAAAACUAUAACGCGACUAAGGGGUUUUUGGGAUUGCCUUUUAAA